GUCAGGGGAUGGCAAUGAAGUCAUAGAAUUGUGAGGCCAAGGCUAAGUCAUUAACAAUAGCACGUGUGGGCAAAACUGAACAGGAGAGCAACAAGGGGUAGCAGGUCUACAGUAUCUGGCACUAACAGGAUGUGGGGGCGGCAGCUAUUUAGUUUCAGGCUUCACUUUUGAGGUGUCUUCCUACAGGAACCAUCAUGGAGAUAAAGAAAGGUGCUUAGUAAACUAGGCUCUAAAGCAAUCAACCUUUACUGCCGCAGGCCAGGGGACCUGGCUGCUUCUGCUCAGCGUCAGUUACCCCAGCACGUGGCCUUCAGUUAAUUUCAUUUUCUUUCCGCAAAGUUGGCUCGACAGCCCGCCUGGCCUCCAAAAAUCAACGGCUCUGAGAAUCUGCGGUUCUCUGGACAUCAUGUGACAGAGGUGACCUGUCUUUCUUGUGAGACAGUCUGCGCAUUCAAAAACUGAGGGGCUUAUCUCAAACCGACCACUGAUCAUCUCAGGUGGGCCGGGCGUGUUCCCUGCCCAAAUUCCUUCCGCAGGACGCGCUCCACCCCACCCUCUCCAGUGUCUGCCCGGAAGGGGCGGGCUCUGCCUGAACGGGCGCUUCCGCUGCCAUGGCGUCCCGUGUGGUCGUUGGUUUCUGCUUGCUUUCUGCUCUCCCCCUCUUGUGCCUGGAACUCCAGCGUGGGAUCCCAGAAAUAGGAAUUAAAGAUUUCAUUUUGCUGUGUGGCCGGAUUUUCUUACUGCUUGCUCUUCUUACGUUAAUUAUUUCCGUGACUACCUCAUUGCGUAACUCCUUCAAACCUUCCCAAGUUUAUCUGAAAGAAGAUGAAGAAGAAGAGAAUAAGAGAAGACAACUUGUAAGAAAAAAACAACAAGAAGCACAGAGUGAAAAGGCCGGUAGAUACACAGAGGACAUUUUAAAACCUCGCCAGGAAAUGAAAUUAAAAAAACUGGAAGAACGCUUUUAUCAAAUGACAGGUGAAACCUGGAAGUUAACCAGCGGUCACAAACUUGGGGGUGAUGAAGAUUUGGUACUUGAAAAUGCGAGCCAGACACCUUCUGAAACAUCAGCCAGAGAAGCCGCUAAGAGACGAAACUUGCCUAAUCCUGUCACCAGAGUUCCGCCGCCUGCUGACCAGCCCCUGCAGAAGGAGGUUUCUGACUUACCUGAAGAACCUUCUGAAACAGCUGAAGAAGUAGUUACUGUUGCUCUGCGAUGUCCAAACGGGAGACUCCUGAAGAGAAGGUUUUUUAAGUCUUAUAGUUCACAGGUUUUAUCUGCCUGGAUGAUGAAAACUGGGUACCACACAUCCCUAUACAGUCUUUUCACUUCCUUUCCCAGAAGACUGCUAGAGGUAGAGGGAGGCUGGUCCCUGGCUGACAUAGGAAUAACUACGGAUACUCUACUCAUUGUGGAAGAGAAAGAACAGAGCAACUAAUAAAGAAAUAAGAACUCCCAGUCCUACAUAAAAUCGGUCACACUGUGACCUAAUAGUUCAAUAAUAGAUUCAUGUUAAAAUCAUGCUGUACCUUGACUGAGCAUAAGACAGUAAACAUUUUAAAUGAUACA